CAGCCAAAACCGAACUUUACGUUCAGUAGCCAUGGGAUCCAAGAGGCAAACGGUCGUGUUGUUCCUGGCGGCCCUAACUGUCGUUCUCAGCUCACCUCUGAUCAAUGAACUACAGCCCGGAGAAGAAUGGCCACAACGCAAUUCGGUAAGACAACCGGUAGCUGAUGACCAAACAGAACAGACACUGACAGAGGACUUCUCAACUGACGAUCCGGCCCCAGCCGCAGUUGUUGAAGAUGCAAUAAUAGUAGCGAAGACAAUUGAACGCGAUCAUGAGCCGAAAAAAAUUGAUUACUCCGGUUCACAAGUGUGGCAAGUUUCCACUACAAAAUCUGGAGCUCGUCAAGUAAUCGGAAGACUUCGACGAAGAAACCUGAUUUCUACAUGGGGCGGGAAUCAGUCUUCUGUGGACAUCCUUAUCAAACCGAAUGUCGUAGAAAAUAUUACACGUGUUUUCAAAAGAGAGAGCAUAGACUACAACGUCGUGAUAGAAGAUUUACAAAAGAGGAUCAAUGAGGAAAAUCCGCCGCUAGAUAACGAUGAAAUUGAACUGCAAGACAGACGAGCGAGAGCUCACAAUUUUUGGCGUUACAGGGCACCUAAUCAACGUUUAGGUUUAUUUAGCGCUUAUAUGGGCUACAAUUCACUGAACAUACCAAUGGAAUAUUGGCCGAAUGCAAAUUGGGGUCACCGAAUGACAUGGAAACAGUAUCACAGAUUAGAAGACAUUUACGGCUUUAUGGAUUACUUGGCAAAAACCUAUCCUUCUAUCAUCAGCGUGAAAUCAAUAGGAAAAUCAUUUGAAGGUCGAGAUCUUAAGAUACUCCGCAUAUCAAACGGUAAAUCAGACAACAAAGCCGUGUUCAUCGACGGCGGUAUCCACGCUCGUGAAUGGAUAAGUCCCGCAACCGUCACUUACUUUAUCUACCAGUUUGCUGAGUAUUUCGAUGUGGAAUCUGACGAUAUUAAGGGCAUCGACUGGUAUUUCAUGCCGGUCGUGAAUCCAGAUGGAUACGAGUAUACACAUACCGUGGAUCGUCUUUGGAGGAAGAACAGAAAGCCUGGUUACCGUGCUUGCACUGGUACUGAUCUCAACAGAAACUUUGGACAUCAUUGGGGAGGCAAAGGCGCAUCAAACAGUCCGUGCAGUGAAAUAUAUCGUGGAAGUAAUGCCUUUUCAGAACCAGAAACGUUAGCUUUAUCUGAAUUUAUAAAAUCAAGCGCGGCUAACUUCUCCGCAUAUGUUACAUACCAUAGCUAUGGUCAAUACAUGCUUUAUCCAUGGGGAUAUGAUAAUGCAGUGCCUCCAGACUACAAGGAUUUAGAUAAUCUUGGAAAAAAGAUGGCAGAGGCAAUCUCAAAGACCGGUGGUUCUCAAUAUCAAGUCGGUUCAUCUAGUGGUCUCCUUUACCCUGCAGCAGGUGGCUCAGAUGACUGGGCGAAAUCACAAGGAAUCAAAUACUCUUACACUAUUGAACUUAGUGACACAGGACGUUAUGGUUUUGUUCUACCUACAUCGUUCAUUGUACCCGUUGCUAAGGAAAAUUUAGCUGGCUUGAGGGUUCUUGCUAGCCAAGUUAUCAAGGAAUAAUUUAAUAUUGCCAUUGAGUAGAUAGUACUGCAUUUAUGAAUAUAAUCAUAGGAUUGAUGCAUUUAUUUUUAUAAUUAAUUAAUUAUGUGCAUAUUUAUAUUAUAUCUUAAUAAAUUCUACUUUCACAAAUGUAUUUGUUUUUUUUAAUUGUCUUUAAUUG